GAGAAACCACGCAAUAUAAUGUUCACUGCACUGCAUGCACGGAUGCCAGAGCUGCGCUGCAGCCGCACGUAUUCGUUUGAUUAACAUUCGACGAAGACUGAACUAACUCACGGCAAGUGAAAACAAACAGAAAUUGAACAACCUUAAAGUCACCAUGACUGCCUCUGAUCUGUGAUCCCUUGUUGCUUUGGAGUAUGACAGCGCCUAUGACAGCAGUCGGUAUGGGAAAUCAGCGCUACUUUGACGUCUACCUGGAUGAUCCAAGCUCCAGCGAAGAAGAUGAAUACAUUGACCUCAGUCGACCUUUGAUGUCACCAAAGAAGUUUCCUCACAGAAUACCUUCACGUCCCACCCCAGUGAAAACGAACACUCCAGACACAAAACUUCCCAAACGCAAGCCAGUAUGGUACUUCAAGAGGAAGAAGGAUUGCCUCCAAGCUUUCUAUAUUGUCAUGAUUAUCAUGGUGAUUGUUAUAUUUGCCUUAGUUUUGAUGAGGAUCUUGAAUGAUGCAGCCAAACACAGGACAAGUGACGAUGACAAACAGAGUCAUCUGACAGCUAUUGCUGCACUUGGGAACUUUGCCAUGAGUAGGCCUUUCGGGAUCAACGUUAAGUUGAAGCCCACGGCAAAGCCCACUUUGUCUUCCAUUGUGAUUGAACCUUCAAAGACUAUUCCAAAGACUCCAACAGUUGCCAGUCAUGGAGAAAAAUCAAAAGUGGAUGUAGAUGUUGAAGAACCAAAACAAGAGCCUCAAAGAACAGUACUACCUUGUACCAAAUAUACUGUACAGGAUGUCUGGGUUCAGAACAUUCCGCAGCUACAGCUAGAGUCAGGCAUUCGACUCCUAGAUGUCAACCAGGAUGGUGUGCUGGAUGCGAUCAUAGGAUUUUCAACAGAUGCCACUGCCUAUUUUGCCCACCAGUACCUGAUGUGUUCUAUUUACUUCAAUGGAUCGGUUCCUUGUUUUGGAGGCGUUCUUGCCCUGGACGGCAUCACUGGUCAGGAACUCUGGAGACACUAUUCAAGUAUGGAGGUCUUUGCUGUUAACUGCAACGGUGACCUGACGGGAGAUCGGGUCAAUGACUGUGCCAUAGCAGGCAGGUCUGGGGUUAUGGAAGCAGUCGAUGGCACGAGUGGGAAGCUACUGUGGAAGUACCAUGUUAAAAAAGCGGGCGAGGCUCUUAGCAACUUCUACACUGCACAGUUUAUACAUGAUGUCAAUGGGGAUGGAGUCCGAGACUUGCUCAAUGCCCUCGGGGGUGAUCCUGUGAGAGAACCAGGUGCUCCAGUGACCCAUAGUGGAAAUGUAAUGCUUCUGAGUGGCUCGGAUGGUAGUGUCAUUAGCGCUUGUGGAGUACCUGAUGGCAUGGAAUCGUAUUACUCUCCUCAGAUUUUCUACCAGCAUGGUGGGAAAGCCAUGGUUCUAUUCGGAACUGGGGGAGAGACAGUGGGAGGCUCCCUGUGGGCUAUACCUCUCGAUGACAUCAUUAUUUGUAACAUGACGCAGGCAAAGGUCAUCUAUACUGACCCCUUCAAGGGUGUGAUGACGCCCCCUGUCCUCGUUGACCUCACUGGCGAUAGGGUCAAAGACAUUGUCAUGUCCAUGUUCAAUUCAACCGUUAUAGCGUUCAAUGGUCAGACAUAUGAGCAGCUUUGGAAUUAUUCCAUGCCUUCUUCAGAAUCAUACAGUACACCAGCUGCUGGUUUCUACAAUGAUGAUGAUGUGCCUGACUUCAUGGUUGUCUAUAACUAUGGACCCGGCUACCCUCUCUACUACUAUGUGCAGAUCAACAUCUUGGAUGGAAGGAAUGGACAACCUCUUCUCCAGGAGAAUAUCAUCAGCUCAGGUUCAGCAACCACAUCCCCAUUGACUGUGAGUACAGAAGGCUAUGGCAAUGAUGCAUUCUUUUACUGGAGACUAGGUUGUGAAGGGCAUGAGCAAGAGACAGAAGCUUUCAGUUUUACUGGAGAAGGUGAAAGCAAGGGCUCUCUAAGUCGGACCAAUUUUUGUCGAGAGAGGUUCAAUUCAGGCUCUGUGACCACAGGCAGCCUUCUCAAUCAACAUAUGGAUGUACCCGGACAGGUUGUUUACACUUCAGCUGAUCGCUUUGAAGAUGAGCAUAGAUACACAGUAAAUGCUACUCGUAUGGCCAUGGAAUACCUGAAGAAAUAUCCUGAAGUAAUACCCGUCGUACUUGAUGCUCAGAAACAGGACGAUAAAGAGGAAGAGAACAAAUCAAAAGAAGAUAAUGAUCAGAAAGAUAGCAGUGCUAAGGAAGAAAAUAAGCAGUCAGCUACUGAUUCAGCAUUACCUAAUUCUCACAAUCAGGAUUCCGAGCCAACAACACUCCCACCACAAUCUAGGACACAUUCAUUAGACUUCCAGAAUGAAUAUGACAAACUUUUGGCAAGACUAUCUGCAAUAUCAGACAAUCUCAAGGACCAAGACGAUUUUCAUGAUGACCAGGAGUUCACGUCACCUGACCAAAGAGAUUCUUCAACCAAAGCAACCAACCUUGAAAUCAACACUGACAAAAGUGAUAAGAUCCCAACAGAAAGCGCUCAGGCAAAAGAAGAAAAUGAAGCUGUUGACGCGACACUGACCAAUACCUCACCUUCUGAUGAUGAUGCGCUACUAUCUGGAGAUAUCGCAGGAGGACUUGAAGACCUUGGACUUCCAGAAUCCUGGUUUGAUUCUCCGAAGGAGAAGAAAUCAGGACAAGAAAGCGGUGAUGAAACUCCCCAAGAUGACCUACAAAACCUCUCAGAGGAAGAGCUUGAGGGAAUCCUCAAGGACCUUCUUGGACUAGACGAUGAAUCAAAGAAUGAUGGAAAGACGAAGAGGUUUGUAUCUAAACGCAAUGCCAAGCUGUUUGUCUCCAGGUCGGACAUGCCAAGGGAUGAGCAACACCAAAGAUCGAGACGUCACGCAGGACUCCAUGAUGCGGGAGGUAUCCAGAGGCUUAUCUCUACUGGUACCCUGGCUCCACCUCUUAGUCCGGUCCUGGAUGACCUACCCAGCGAUCCAAACAGCAUUGAUGUCAUCUUUGCAACUUACUGGUUCUAUCCCAAACCAAAUAGGAUCAUCACAGCGACAGAGCAGAAAUGCCUUGAUGAUUGGACCAAUAAUGAGCAACAGAGAAUGGAUCCUAGUAAUGAAUACUAUGGGCUUGACCAUGAUGCAUAUGAACAUUUGGGUUCAGACCAUUGUCGGAAGUUGGCUGCCUCAGCUACAGCAUCUCCUACAGAGUCACCUACCGACCCCCUCAACAUCUAUCCCUUCAACUUGGAUGCGGGGGAGAUGACGGUCUACAGACUACGGCUCUCCUGUGACUGCGGCCUCAAGGAGGCAAAGAGGACCGACCCGGGAGCGCGCUGUGCCAGGAUACUCCCUUACCACCAGCAGGAGUGGGGCGCCUACAUGGGCACGUAUGGGAACAGUUACUUCCGGGAGAGAAUCAAAGAGGAUCCAAAGGCAUGAGUUUUGUUCUAGAGUGGUGCUAAGUACCUAAAAUAAAGGUUGCACAGUACCUAAAUAUUUUCACACCAGCAUUGGAACUCCCUCCCUUCUUCACUUUGUGAAAUUGACAGCAUAGAACUCUUAAACCGUCUCUCAAAACUCACUUAUUUUGGCAGAUGUGUAGUGAUUAACUUUUUGGAUGAGCCAGCGCCUAUGAAUGUUUUUAACAGAUAUGUGGCGCAAUAUAAAUGCUGUGGAUCAUCAUCAUCAUUGUGGCUAGGGUGGAAGUACAUGUAUGAAGAUAUAGAAUAUUAUAUCAAUUUGUAUCCACCCGUCAACGAGGUUUGAAUGCACAACUAUUAGCAGGUAAAGCUAAUUCAGAUAUCUUCUGAAUUCAAACAAAAUUAUGAAGACAAAAUGGGACAAAAGAAUAAGGCAUGCUAAUAUUGUACAAUGUUGUGAGGUUUAAGAUUAAUAUGUAAUUAUGACUUCAAGAUUUGAAAAUUUAUAAUGCAGACUGCAUAUACAAAUUUAUGGAAAACUUGAGUAGAAAUCCAAAGAUAACAGUUGCCUUACUGAUAUUCAAUAGAUGAGACAAAUCACAACAGGCAGACAUAUAUUUGAUACUAUGAUAAAAACUGCCAACCUUGUAUCAUAAAAAGAAGGAUGCCAAUAUCCGUUUUCAUUUUUGGUGAUUUUAUUUGACAAAAUGCUAAGCAUAUUCGAGAUAGUUUGGAAUGAAAGCUAAAUACUCUACAGGGAUGUAAGUCAAAGAAAUGAUUCAAAUAUAUAUAUAUAUAUUUACAAAACCAGUGAUGUCUUUCUAUUUUAUUUUUUCAUGGUAUGAGGGAAUAUGUAAUGUUGUGUAAUAUCUAUACACAAUAGUAAAGCAAGGGAUAUAUUUUGGCUGAAUUAUGCUUAUACCCAAGAUCAGAGUCCAUUGUGAAAGAAAGUUCCUGUGUUGUAAUAAAUAGCAAUUGAUUUAUUUUUGUUUAAAUGCCAACACCCAUUCUUUGUAGAGAUAAUUUUUAGGAGGUAAUAUAUGUAUGAGGCAAACACAUUUAGAUAAAUCUUGACGAAGAAAAAAACUUUUUUCCACAUUGAGCCCACUUUUGCCUUUAUUCUUAAGUGCUGGUAUUCUUUUUGAUUUUUGUAAAGAAUGUCUAAGUGGCUAUUCACUUCAUGAGGCAGUUUUGCAAAAUUUCAGUACUAGGAACCAAAUAUACUUUUUCAAAGACACAUCUUUACCGUUUCAUUUACCUAAUCUGAUAAUUUUUAUUGUAAAUAAUAACAGUACUAACAUAGUCAGAAAAUGAAGUGGCUCAAAUAUUCCUUUUUGAAUACAAUUCACUGAGUUAUUUAAAUACAUUUCAGGAUAUCUAGAUUUACCAAGCAGUGAUGGUAGUUGAAAUAGUGAACAUCUUUCCCAAUUAUUUUGUCUUGUGCAUGUGAUUUUGCUCAAACGUUGUCGCAAUGAAAUGUAGAUAAUCAAAUAUUGAUAUAUGAUGUCUUAAUUUUGUCCCUUUGGUAUCACAGUCUGGGGGAUUUUUGGUAAUGAUUUGUAUAUUACAUUUUGUCUCUGUGUAUGUUAUUCUAGUGUGAAUCAGAACGCAUAGAAACUCCGGGGGUACAAUCAGUGUAAAUUAUUUAAAAAAAAAUAAUUUUAUUAAUUCAAAGGAUUGGAAAACUUAUUUUUUUGUUUAUUCAUAUGUGUGCCCCUUAUCCAAAUCUGAUAUUUUCCAGUAUUUGAUCAAAGUGAGUCAUAUAGUAAAAACACAACAGUAUAUUAUUUCAUAGAAAAUGUAUAUAUCAUGAAUUAUAUUUUUAAAUUCAAACAAUUUAACCACCAGAGAACUAUUUAGAAGGAACAAUAGUUUCCAGCCAUCCUAUUUUUAAUGCAUAAAGGCCACCACACACCUUACGACUGUUCGCGAUCCGAUUUUGGAACGAAUCGCAUUUUACUCAUUUUCUGAAAAUGUGAAUGGAACAUAUCAUUUUAUUUGAGGUUAAAAUUAAUUGAACAAAUACUAAUAUAACAAUUUUGAAAGAUUGCAAGCCUUUAUUUUGUAGUACAAGCAAAAUUAGAUUCAAAUCGUAGCCAAUCGUACGACUGCUGUGACGUCAUUACGACUAGAUAUUAAAUUUACUUUUAUUCUAAGAAGGAUGAUAGCAUAGUCACAGAUAUGAACAUAGGUAUUCGUAAGAUGAUUUAGAACAUUACACAGUAAGAUAUUCCAAGUCUCAAUGUUAGCAUCAAAUUCUACUACGUUUUAUUCCAAAAUCGGGUUGCAGACCAAUUGUAAGGUGUGCGAUCGCCUUAAGAGAUAUUUUAUUCAACUGGUAAAAAUUAUUCAAGCUAAGGUAUAAGGCUAGAAAAAAUUGUAAAUUUCUUUGCAUUCGGUUCAGUAUAUUGAACAAAGGCUGAUUGACAUUUAUACAGUACUAACAUAAUCCUUGAUUUUACAGCAUUUCAUUUGCAAUAUUUGUGUACAGUAUGUUUGAAAUUUGGUGCAUGGUUUUUAACAGUAUGUAAACGCUUCUUGUUUUAUUUUGCAAUUAUCUUUUUUUCUUUUGCAUUAUGUUAGUGUAAACUAAGUCUUUGUGUAGUAAAUGGCCCGUAUUCUGAAGUCGGGUUUAACUUAGACCACGGUCUAUUUAACUGUGUGCUUAAAUCAUGAGGAGCCAAAAUUUCAAAAAUUCUGUUUGUAUUGUAUAUUUCUUAUGUAUACUAUUUCGUUUCAUUUUGCUUUCAUGAUGAAGAAAAAUACUUAAGUAAUCAUUCCCAGACAAUAUGAACAACUUAAGUCAAAUGAGUUAAUAAAGUGGAUUUGUACUAUCAGGGAUUUGUCUCCCAAUUGGCUAUCCAUAGUUAAACCACAACUUAAAAUCAGGGUUUAAUUGAAACCAGAGUUCAGAAUACGGGCCAAUGACUUUAAUUUGGGAAGAUAUGGAUAUUUUUUCUAGUCAAAUGAUUUGAACAAAUAAAAAUAUUUUAUUGCCAUUGUUUCACUCUA